AAACACGCAUUAGAUGUGGGCAGUCAGCCUACUAGGGUCCCGUAGAUAAGCUGCUUUCGGGAAGGGGCCGCUCAGGGUGGGUCUGGACUGAAGCUUUGGAGCCGGAGACGAGGCCCCUAGUCUCGGACAGCGUGGGGCCGAGCGGGUCCUGGGAGCUGGCGGGAGUGCCCCUGGGGCUGGCCCACCGCCCACACCCCCGCACGUCAGGGACCCCUGCAUCCAAUCCAAAUAGUGUCCAGCAGGCCCUGCAUUCCCCUGCGCGCCCCGGCCCCUGCGAUGUCAAUGCAGAGCCUAGUCCCCAGUGGGCUUCCCCGCGCCCUCCGACGACGUCUGGUUGUAUUUCCCACUUAGAGCCCGAUCCUGAGUCACUGAGCGGCGGCGGACAGUUCAGCACUAACGCGCUUGGCUUCUCGGACCUUCUCAUUAAUUAUCGUAACAGCAGAACUUGAGCGUUCUUUCCCCCUGCCCUCCGAUGGCCCAGCUCUGGCCACACCGCAGGGAGCGCCCCUGGCACGCGCUGGGGCUGCAGAUGCCCCCUGGGGGCGGGGGGCGUCCCCCCGCAGCCCCGCAGGCGGGGAGAUGCCAGGGGCGAGCGCGCGUGUCCGGGUGUGUGUUUGGAGAUGCCAUUAGAAUUCUUACAAAUACUGAAAGUGAAAUGAGGAAAUGAUUGGGCAAGCGGAUGGAAGGGCCGGUGCCAGGAAGACCUAUCAUCCGCCGGGGGCCGGGAUGCAGCGGCGCAGACGGACGGAGACUCAGGGGCGCGCUCCGGAGCGCCGGGGCACAGCCCGGCCGUGGAGUCGGUGUGGGGCCUCGGCGCGCACAGCUCACAGGAAAUGAUCCACUCCCCGCGGCCGCUGACUCGAAAGGCCCGGACCCGCGGACUCCCACGAGUGCCAUGGAUGGCGGCGCAGACGGCGAGCGGUCACGCCUCCGCCCCCGCCCGGAGAGCGGAGCCGAAAUGAGAGCGAAGGAGCGCGUCUCCGCCGCCCCGCACGCCGGCGGCCCGCCCGGCCGGCUCUGCGGGGACGGCGCGCUGCUGGCCGCCUCCCUGCUGCUGGCGCUCGCGUCCUGCUGCCUGUCGGCGGCGUCCCUGUGCCGCGCGGCCGCGCUGCAAGCCGAGCUGGGCGGCCUCCGCGCGCAGCUGCGGGCCGAGCCGGGCGCCCCCCGCGCGGGCGCCCCAGCCCCCGGGGAGCCCGCGGCCCCCAGCGCGCUGCAGGGGAUCUUUGCACCGGCCGCGGCGGGAGGGAGCAGAAGGAAGCGCGCCUCUCUGGGGCCAGAAGAGACAGUCAUUCAAGACUGCUUGCAACUGAUCGCAGACAGCGCCACACCUACUAUACGAGAAGGAUCUUACACGUUCGUUCCGUGGCUGCUCAGCUUCAAGAGAGGAAGGGCGCUGGAAGAAAAGGAAAAUAAAAUUCUGGUGAAGGAAACCGGUUACUUCUUUAUAUAUGGGCAGGUUUUAUACACCGAUAACACCUUUGCCAUGGGACACCUAAUACAGAGGAAAAAAGUCCAUGUCUUUGGGGACGAACUGAGUCUGGUGACUUUGUUCCGAUGUAUUCAAAAUAUGCCUGAAACACUACCCAAUAAUUCCUGUUAUUCAGCUGGCAUCGCAAAGCUGGAAGAAGGAGAUGAACUCCAACUGGCAAUACCACGUGAAGAUGCUAAAAUAUCACGAGACGGAGAUGGCACGUUUUUCGGAGCAUUGAAACUUCUGUGACCGACUUGUCCCUUAUCCGUGGCUCUAUUCCUCCCUUUCUCUGUACCUCUACGGAGAACACACUUAACUGGAAAUACCAAAGGAAGAAAACCAGUAGUAGCUUUUCUGUGAGCUAUUUGUUUUGAUUUGCUGAACCUUGACCAAAACAGGAAAUUUAACAGACAGCCACAGCCGAGGGGUGUCAUGUGAAUUACAAGAAAUAGAACCCGUUUGGGGAAAGAUAGAAGUAGACGUCUCCCUCUAAGGCCGUGUCGAACUACUUAGUCAUCGCGGCUUGGCUUGUAGGAAGCACAGGUUGGAAAGGGGCAAUAAUCAUUUCUUCAGGAACGACAUCCCAUUGUACUCCACGGACAAAGUGCCCGUGUCUGUACGAUAUUAAUUGAGACAUUUUGGGGCAUCUCAGGAUUCAUCCCCGCUCUUUAUGUCAAUUCUGCCCCCACCUCCUCUUCCAGUUAACAUUAUAGGAAGUGAGAAAAAAAAAAAAAACAACUUAGAGAAAUCUUGCAUUUGACACAUAAAAAAAGUACUUAAAUAAACCUUCCAUUUAAAUGUAUUAAACAGUUGGACUUAAAAUAAAAUACAAGUGCUAUUUAGA